CUUAACUUCCUGUUAAGAUCUUGCUUCGCAAUUUUCUCCUAGACACCUCCGAUGUCCGAAAUCAUCGCAGCAAUAAGUGUCGGAUGAGGACUUCACAAUAAGUCUAGAUCUCUGCAGCUUCUAUUUGAAAGUCUGUGAACACCCAGAAGAUACCAACAAGUUGUAUUGGUAUCCUUGUUUCGCAAUACUCCGUGAUCCCGCCGCACUUUCUGUUUUUCGCUCUGAGUCACCACCUCUAUCUACCAUUCCCAACACUCAAGUAUACACCCACGGAGACCCUGAUUCCACCGGUGAAGCCAGGACAUACAUUAGUUGAGUCUGGACAGCUCUAGGUCUCAAUAACAACCAGUCAUGUCAACCUGGGGACACUACUUCCGGGUGACCACCUAUGGAGAAUCUCAUUGCCGUUCUGUAGGAUGUAUCGUCGACGGGUGUCCUCCCGGUCUGCAACUCACAGAGUCGGAUAUUCAGCCUCAGAUGACCCGACGCCGUCCGGGACAGUCGGCUCUCACCACGCCACGAAACGAGAAAGACCGUGUGGAGAUCCAUUCCGGUACAGAGUUCGGCAUUACGCUGGGCACGCCGAUUAUGUUGAUGGUGCGGAAUGAAGACCAGAGGCCCAAAGACUACGGGAGCGGGACGAUGGAUAUGUAUCCCAGGCCGAGUCAUGCGGAUUUCACCUACCUGGAGAAAUAUGGGGUUAAGGCGAGUAGCGGAGGCGGGAGGAGCAGUGCGCGGGAGACGAUUGGUAGAGUAGCAGCGGGUGCCAUUGCAGAAAAGUACCUGUCGCUGGCUCACGGCGUCGAAAUCGUGGCCUUCGUCUCGUCCGUUGGAGCCGAGUAUCUUUUCCCUCCAACGCCUACUCACCCUAGUCCUGCCACGAACCCAGCGUUUCUCUCAUUAAUAUCGGAAAUCACACGAGAGCAAGUUGAUUCGUUCGUCCCCGUUCGGUGCCCGGACGCGGAUGCCACCACGCGAAUGACAAAGGUGAUUGAGAAGCACCGCGACGCGAAGGACAGCAUUGGAGGCACUGUCACUUGCGUGAUUCGAAACUGCCCUAUUGGCCUGGGUGAGCCAUGCUUUGAUAAACUCGAAGCUGAGCUUGCUCAUGCCAUGCUGAGCAUUCCCGCUACUAAAGGAUUCGAAAUCGGUUCGGGCUUCGGAGGAUGCGAAAUAUCUGGAUCCAUCCACAACGAUCCAUUCAUCGCUGCACCAGAAGUACUACCAGGGCAGAAGACAUCGAAGCGGAAAUUGACGACGAAGACCAACAACUCUGGAGGUAUCCAGGGGGGGAUCUCGAAUGGACAGGACAUCUACUUCAGAGUUGCCUUCAAACCUCCUGCUACAAUUGGACAAGCGCAGCAGACGGCGACUUUCGAUGGAGAGGAGGGCGUACUAGAGGCUAAAGGGCGACACGAUCCGUGCGUUGUGCCGAGAGCGGUGCCGAUUGUAGAGGCUAUGUCUGCUUUGGUGCUCAUGGACGCUCUCCUGGCUCAGCAAUCUCGAGAAACAGCCAGGAGUCUACUGCCACCUCUGAAGGCAGUAUUGCCAGCGAAGGGAAGCGGAACAACCGCGACUGCGGAGAAGGUGGCGGAACAUUUGAAAGGAGCUGCUGCUGCACAAUGAACCUCGGUCGGGCAUUUCGGGAAGCCGCACGAAGAUGGUGUACAAUAGUAUUACGAGCAUGUCGCUGAUAUCAGGGACAAGGCGGUGCCAGUUGGGUCAUGAGGGACUUGGGUAUGUCGCCGGGCUCAGGCGAUUCGCUCACCAGGGAUAGUGGUUUGUCUUGUCUCCAUAGAGAAAAAAAAAGAAAAAGCAAGUUUCAUCC